UACACAAAAAUGACAUUAAAUUUAGAAUAUAAAAAUAAAUUUAAUAGUAUUUGGUAUUUAAGUGAUAUUGGGGUUUUACCUUCAAUCACUGGUAAAUCAUUAGGUAAAAUUUUAAUCAAUUAUUGUGUUGAAAAUUUUGUUGGUCAAGAUUCUUGGGUUUAUUUAGAAAGUUCAAACAUUAUCAAUAGAAAGUUUUAUACAAAGUUAGGUUUCACUGUAGCUAAUACUUUUGCUAUCAAUGAAGAUGACAUUAUUGUUAAUAAUAUUAACAUUGAUAACGUUCAAGAUUUAAAGAUUUUAAAUGGUUUCAAUGAUUUCAUCUUAUUGGAUGCAAUGUUUAGACCUCCAAGUAAUAUUACCAUUGAAAGAGAAAGUUAUAAGAUUACAACUUCUGAUAAAGUUGCUGUACCUAUCAAUAAUCCUGUUCCUAUUUCAAAUACUACUAUUCCCGUGGUUAAACCAAUUGAACAAAUUGGUAAUUCAAUUAGUACUUCCGUCUCGACUCAUGCGUGA